UUGAGUGAUAUUAUUAGACAGACUGUAGCAGGAACCUGGUUGGAUGAUUUGAAGAGAUCUGUAUGGAGGACUCGGCAGGUUGUGGUAUCAAUUCAUCGAUUGUUACGGCCGACAGCACUGUUGUGUGAAGUUAUAAGGUCACAUGAUCAUCAUCAGUAAACAGAGGGAGGCUGCUUUAACAGGAAGUUCACUGUAGAGUCUGUAUGGAGGACUGACCGCGUCACAGAGACUUUAAGAUCCAAAUUAGAUGAUUUUUUUUUUACAAGUACCAGUUUUUAACCACUAGAUGUCACUACACACUGUUCUUCUAACCAGCGCUGCAUUAACAUACAUGUUUUAAUCUAUUAUGACUCAGACGGCGUGAUGAUGUCACUGUGGAUUUUUCCUCUUCUUCUUCUCUUCUGGUCGAGCUCUGUGAAGAUUGAGGUUUUGUUUUGGUUACCAUGGUAACAGACCUUGUUGAGAUGAGUUUAAGGUCAUGUGUUCUUCGCGACACGUCUCAGAUGUUCCUCAGACUCGUCAGAGAACCGCUGGCUUUUCUCUUUUGCAUGUUUUCAUGUCGUCUUUCGACGCCGUCUCACUUCCUGUCUUCCUGUCUGACACCUUCUGUCUGCAGGAAACGCCGCGAGCGUUUCUCCUCCCAUCAUGUCUAACAACUACCCAUACAGACCACCGCCAUCUGACCCUGAUCCUGGACCUUACAGCUCUUCAGACCGCCAACCCGCCUUAUCGGACAGCAACCUUUACAGGCCGCCUCAGGAGUCCUUCUCCUCGUCGUACCCUUCCUCCUCCUCUUCGUUCUCCAGAGGAGCUCCGUGGUCUCAGGACAGCGCCCUCAACAUCCUGAGCAGCUGUGGUCUGGAGCCUGGCGACCUGGCUCUGCUGGCCGAGCUGCCCGAAGACGUCCUCACGGUUGAGUCCCUGCCUCAUGUCCUCAAACAGAUCAAAGGGAAGAGGGGAACCAUCAAACCUUUCCCUCCAGCCACUCCGUCUCCUUCCUCCUCCUCUUAUCCUCAGAGCUCUGCACAUCGACCUGCCGUCAACACCUCCACCGGCGUCCAGGAUCACCCCCACACUCAGCUGAUCCAGUACCCGACAGACCAUAUACAACGCAGUCUUUCAUCUGACACAAGCUGCUGGGGGAACCCCUCCUCUGUUCAAGCAGACCCAUCACCAUCAUCAUCAACAAUAUCAUCAUCCUUUCACCACAGACCAGGACUCUCUGAGUACGGUAAGACAGGCGCUGGCCCAGGUUCCUCUCAGGACUUCAGGAACAGACCAGGUCCCUCUGAGUAUGGUAAGACUCGUAGAGGCGCUGGUCCAGGUUCCUCUCGGGGCCGAGGUUCUUUCAGCUCAGCAGGGAAAGACAAAAGAACUUCCUGUUUCUCUCAGCUGGGGCCAGAUGAUUACAAAAGGGCUCCCCCUCCUGACAUUUACCAUCAGAAAACUCGUGCUCGCCGCCAUGAGCCUAAAACCUCUUUCUUUGAGAGCAUCAGCCGGCCGGUCGCCUCAGUACCCUCCAAGAAAGAAGCUCUGGACUUCCACGGGACGUGUCCCCAGGUGUUCCCGUACUCAUGUUCUCUGUGUGACAUCACUGUGAUGUCAGAGCGGGUUUGGAUCAAACAUGUCAACGAGUCACAGCAUGCAGAUGGACAGCUCCGCCUGCUGCAGCAGUUUCCAAAAUGGGACUGUCGCAUGGAGAUGGUCAGCAGUGCCGACAGCCAAUCAGAGAAGGAGAGGGAUGAAGGAAUACCUGCCCAGACCCAGACAACCAAUCAGAACUUCCAGUCGCAGUCAAAACCACAACAAGCGAAGACGACUUCAAAGAACAGUAAGAGUAAGGUGGUCUGUGUGAAGUUUCCUGCUCAGUCUGUGGACGAGGCGUACCUAAGGAAACUGACAGAACCUUUCGGGAAGAUCGUCAAGAUCCUCAUGUUCCCGUCUUUGGCAUUUGUGGAGCUGGGCUCCGUCGAUCAGGCAAAGGAUUUGGUGAAGUUCCAUGUCAACUAUCCUCCAACUGUGAACGGAGAGCAGAUCCAGUUCAGCAUCUCCAACACCUUCAGCUUCCUCCAGAGUUCUCGGGUCCUGAGUUUCAGUCCGAGUCCAACAGGAGAGGACGGACAAUCAGACCUGAUCAGCAUUGUCAAGCGCUUCGGCAUGCCACUCUACACCCUGUUCCUCCCCUCCAUGGCGUUCAUGGAAAUGAAAAACUGUCCGGACGCUCAGAAGAUGGUCGAUUAUUAUUCCACCAGAACUCUGAGAAUCAACGGUGACCUCAUCAAAGUGUCCUUCUCUGGAGAAUACAAGAGCCUCAUGAGGGUUGCAUCAGCUCAGCGGUACGAGGAGGAACCAACGACCAAGAGGAUGAGGAGCUCUGGCCCAGAAGAAGACCAGACGACCAAGAGCAAGAGGAAGAGGAGCAGUAAGGAGCAGGAAGAAGAGGGAGAAAGGAAGACCAGGUCCAGAUCCAGAGAAAAAUCCAGCAGAGAGAGGAAGACCAGGUCCAGAUCCCGAGAGAGGAAGACCAGGACUAGGUCCAGAUCCAAAGAAAAGUCCAGCAAAGAGAGAAGGACCAGGUCCAGAUCCAGAGAAAGGAAGACCAGGUCCAGAUCCAGAGAUAAAUCCAGUAGAGAGAGGAGGUCGAGGUCUAAGUCCAGUUCCAGAGGUGGGUCGGUGGUACCGGAGAAAACGGAGCGGACUGACACAGAUUCCAGGACUGACCUUGAACCAGCUUUAGAACCAGCUCCUGAUCUUGAACAAGCUCCUGUUGCAGGUCCUUAUCCAGAACCAGCUCCUGAUCCAGCUUCACCUCCUAAUCCUGAUCCAGUUCCUCUCAGAGACUCCAAAGCUGAAGCUGAGAAGCGAGAAGAGUCUGAGGAGGAGGCAGAGUCGUCUGAGGAGAGCGACAUUGAGGGCAUGGAGGUGAUCGGAGAGGAUGGAGAAGAUCUGCAGGACGAGGAGGAAGUGGAGGAGGAGGACUUCCCUAUAGACCUGGAGAACUGCAUCACUCUGGAUGAGCUGGAAGAAGAGCUGUCUGAUGAUCAAGAAGAAGACGACGACAAACACAAAUCCCCCCGGGUGGUUCACUUCAGAGACCUCCCAAUGGAUUCCUGCAAAGAUGCAGACCUCAUCGGACUGGUCCGAGAUUUUGGGACGCCAGUGCGAUGCUUUGUCAAACCUCCGGGCUGCGGAUUCAUUGAGAUGUCGACUUCUUCAGAGGCUCUGAGAGCUGUUGAAAAGCUGAACAGUGAACCAGUGAUAUUCAACGGCUCCAAAGUCUCUGUACAGAUCUCUGACAAUCACAGAAGACUCACAGACGGGUGGGAGGUUCAACUGGUUGAAGAGAAGAGGAGCGAGAGACUAAACAGGGAUGAGGAAGGGAGGAAGGAGACUCCAAUGGACGAGUCGGCAUCUAGGUCAAGUCCAGAAAAUGAGUCGAGCUCUUACAUGAGUACGGAGAACAAGUCGAGGUCCAACAAGAGUCCUGAUAACGACUUGAGGUCCAUCGAGAGUCCUGAGAAUGACUUGAGGUCCAACAAGAGUCUUGAGAAUGACUUGAGGUCCAACGAGAGUCCUGAGAGCGAGUCAGGGUCCAACAAGAGUCCUGAGAGCGACUUGAGGUCCAACAAGAGUCCUGAAAGCGACUUGAGGUCCAACAAGAGUCCUGAGAGCGACUUGAGGUCCAACAAGAGUCCUGAGAGCGAGUCAGGGUCCAACAAGAGUCCUGAGAGCGACUUGAGGUCCAACAAGAGUCCUGAAAGUGACUUGAGGUCCAACAAGAGUCCUGAGAGCGACUUGAGGUCCAACAAGAGUCCUGAGAGCGACUUGAGGUCCAACAAGAGUCCUGAGAGCGACUUGAGGUCCAACAAGAGUCCUGAGAGCGACUUGAGGUCCAACAAGAGUCCUGAGAGCGACUUGAGGUCCAACAAGAGUCCUGAGAGCGACUUGAGGUCCAACAAGAGUCCUGAGAGCGACUUGAGGUCCAACAAGAGUCCUGAGAGCGACUUGAGGUCCAACAAGAGUCCUGAGAGCGACUUGAGGUCCAACAAGAGUCCUGAGAGCGACUUGAGGUCCAACAAGAGUCCUGAGAGCGACUUGAGGUCCAACAAGAGUCCUGAGAGCGACUUGAGGUCCAACAAGAGUCCUGAGAGCGACUUGAGGUCCAACAAGAGUCCUGAGAGCGACUUGAGGUCCAACAAGAGUCCUGAGAGCGACUUGAGGUCCAACAAGAGUCCUGAGAGCGACUUGAGGUCCAACAAGAGUCCUGAGAGCGACUUGAGGUCCAACAAGAGUCCUGAGAGCGACUUGAGGUCCAACAAGAGUCCUGAGAGCGACUUGAGGUCCAACAAGAGUCCUGAGAGCGACUUGAGGUCCAACAAGAGUCCUGAAAGUGACUUGAGGUCCAACAAGAGUCCUGAGAGCGACUUGAGGUCCAACAAGAGUCCUGAGAGCGACUUGAGGUCCAACAAGAGUCCUGAAAGCGACUUGAGGUCCAACAAGAGUCCUGAGAGCGACUUGAGGUCCAACAAGAGUCCUGAGAGCGAGUCAGGGCCAAACAAGAGUCCUGAGAGCGACUUGAGGUCCAACAAGAGUCCUGAGAGUGAGUCAUCAUUUAAAACGAGGCAAAAAGAGGAGUCGGUGCACAAACCGGCCAAAGAGAAGUCUUCAAAAAAGGAAUCAGUCUGCAAAAACUUGUCAGAAAAUACCUCCAGGACACCAGAGGAGAAGUUGGAAGAGCAGAAGUUGUUGUCUGAUGAAACGACUUCAGAAAACAAGACAUUAAAAAGAAAAGAGACUCGAGAGAACGACUCAACGUCCGCAAAAAAGAAAGAUGCUCCAGAAGAGACGUCAGAGAUCCACAAGGACGGACCAGAGAAGAAGACAUCUCGACCAGGUCCAGAUCAACCGGACACUACUGUAGAUCCUGCAAAACCACAAGCUGGACAGAAACCUGAGGAGACCCAACCAGGACCUGAAGAAGGUGCUGUAGACCUGCACAAACCCACCAGACCUGUUGGAGUCGAGUUCGUCCGUCCAGUCGUUGGUUAUUUCUGUAACUUGUGUCAGGUGAUCUACGCCGACGAGGAUGAAGCCAAACUGCAGCACUGCAGCACCGCCGCGCACUACAGGAAGUACCAGGAGAAGACGGGUAAAGAUCCAUGGACGAGCUGACCGGGCGCCGUCAUGUGACUCAAACAUUUUUGUUUUGAAAUGUUUCUUCUUGAACGCUGAGCAGAAAGGUCAGAGGAAGGAAACCUGCUGCCUGCGGCGCGUCGUCAGUUUGAAACUUAGUGUUCAGUUUCUUCUCAUUGAGUUUUUUUUUUGUUCAAACUGAAAAUGUAAAUUUAAAAUAAAGCUGCAGAUUUAACGUC